AGGAUGACAGGUCACCUUUCCACGAGAUCAUGAUGCUUACAUGUGCAUUUCCUUCUCUACUAUGUUGCCUUUAGGUUAAUAUUCCCGAAACGCAUUUUUAAUGCAUGCAUUAUGGGAACUUAUUCUACCUCAUGUUGAAAGUUGACACAUCAGCUGUCUUUAGAUAUCACGCGUACUUGCAACAAUGUUGCAUUCCACCACUAAUCUACUGAGAUCAGCCGUCCAGUCCGUUUCUCGCUCUCACUGGUGUCCAGGGUCUGUAUGGCAUCAAUGCAGAAAUGUGUCUCUGAAAAUGGGGGGAUGGAAAACCAAGAAAGUUCCACGGAGAUACCUUGGGCAGCCAAGCCCAUACACACACCCUCACCUCAUCAGAUAUGGUGAGGUGACCCCGGGUCUCACCCAGACAGAGUUUGAGUUGCGUCGGCAGCGCUUGGCCUCUCUGAUCGAGAUGCAAGCGGAGAGAUCGACAAGUCCUGGAACCUCCUCAAACUCAACCCACAUUGUCAUCAUCCUAUCACAUCCAAUUCGUUACAUGACCAAUGACAUCCCUUACCCGUUCCACCAGAACCAGGACUUCCUGUACCUGACAGGUAUUAUGGAACCGGACAGCGCGCUGGUCAUGUAUGGAUCAGGUAAGCCAGACCAGGCCGUGUUGUUCGUCCCUCGACGAGACCCAGCACGGGAGCUUUGGGAUGGGCCUCGUUCGGGAAAGGACGGAGCGGCUGCCCUGACAGGACUAGAGCGGGUUCACAGCACAGAGGAACUGGGCGUUGUGCUAAAGAGUAUGAAAGGUGGAACUGUAUGGUACGACAGCUCGCAGCCUUGCCACCUGCAGUUGCACCAAACUCACGUAUGCCACCUUUUGGAGGGAGGACCACUGAUACAGUCUCUCCGUCCCCUCACUCAUUCCCUAAGAGCCAUUAAGAGCCCAGCAGAGGUCGCGCUGAUGAAGGAGGCGGGACGGAUCACUGCCCAGGCAUUUAAGAAGACAAUGGCUAUGUCUAGAGGAGAUAUUGAUGAAGCACAUCUCUACGCAAAGUUUGAUUUUGAAUGUCGGGCUCAUGGUGCUAAUUUCCUGGCUUAUCCUCCAGUGGUUGCCGGGGGAAACCGAGCCAACACGCUUCAUUACAUCAACAACAAUCAAAUAGUGAAGGAUGGAGAAAUGGUCUUGUUGGAUGGAGGCUGUGAAUAUUUUGGUUAUGUCAGUGACAUCACACGCACUUGGCCGGUGAAUGGAAAGUUUAGUCCCGCUCAAAGGGAGCUGUAUGAGGCCGUGCUGGAGGUGCAGUUAGCCUGUCUGUCACAAUGCAACCCUGGAGUCAGUCUGGACUACAUUUACUCCACCAUGCUCACUCUGUUGGGGCGACAACUCAAAGAGCUCGGAAUUAUCCCAAGAUACACCAGUGAUACAGACACAAUAAAGGCUGCUCGGCAGUUUUGCCCCCAUCAUGUUGGUCACUACUUGGGCAUGGACGUUCAUGACACACCCGAGCUCUCCCGUUCACAACCGCUGCAGCCCGGCAUGGUGAUCACCAUAGAGCCAGGGUUGUACAUCAGCGAAGAUGACGAAUCAAGCCCACAGCGAUUCAGAGGUCUCGGGGUACGAAUUGAGGAUGACGUGGUAAUCCGGGACCAGGGGGGACCCCUCGUCCUGUCUGCCCACACUCCAAAAACCAUCGCUGAUGUAGAGAGAACUUGCGCACAGAGAGAUGAUUGAGAAAACUGGAGACAAGACAUAGCGAAUUCUUCCAUAAAGAGUGUAAUUCUCCCGUCUUUUAACACUACCUCUCAUAGGGUUUUCUUUAAAUGCCUUUGAGUCAACUGACUAAACCUGUGAGGUCUACAUUUCAGAGAACCUGCUCCAGUUAAGUAUGAAAUCUACUGGAUUAAGAGCUGGGCUUGUCUGGACAAGGUGCACCAUCUCACAGAUACCCAGUUCACUCCUACACUUGAUAGUUGGAAGGUUUGGUUUGGCGUGGUUGUGUUAUGUAUUUGAUCUACUCCUAAGAUCUAGGAUAAAGGUUUAUAGGAGAAUUGAAUUGAGCAUGGUAAACAACAGACUAUUUUAUCUCUGGCAGUGAGACAUUUUGCUUGUUUGAUGAUUUAUUGACAUGUUUUUUACAAAAUGUUGUCCAAAUAAAUGUCUUAUACUGUA